AUGGAACCAACCACGGGCAAAGGAAUUGAUUCGAGACAGGACAAGGACAGGGUCAACGAUGCCUUGUGUACAACUGCCCCGCCUAGGCAAGUUGGAACGCGAUGGACUACACGCUUUAUCCAGCGGCAUCACUAUCAUAAAGGUCUUCAAAAAAAGAUUGAUUCAAGUCGAAAAGCUUCAGAAGAUGUGACAAGAGCUCUUUCUUAUUACAACAAGCUUAAAGAGGCUAUUCAGCAGUACGGAGUCCCUCCUGAAGAUAUCUGGAAUAUGGAUGAGACUGGCUUUCGUAUUGGAAUGGGAAAGGACCAUUUAGUUGUUACAAAGCGAAGAAGAGCGCAUCUAUUUUCAAUGCCAGAAAACAGGGAGACUGCAACAGCAAUAGAAUGCAUUUCUGCUGGCGGCAAAGUUAUUCCUGCCUUUCUUAUCCUUACAGGGCAAAAACACAUGGAGUCCUGGUAUCGGAUAAAGGAGCUUGAAGCUAAUACCAAAAUAACAGUCUCACCAACCGGCUUUACGAAUGACGAAAUUGCAGUUGCUUGGAUACAGCAUUUUCAGGAAUUUGCAACGCCAAUAGGCAGAUAUCGCCUUUUAAUCCUAGAUGGCCACGGAUCACACCAUACAAUUGAAUUCGUUGAAUACUGCGAACAGCACGAUAUAAUUCCCUUUGCGUUGCCCUCGCACCUUACACACAUCCUUCAACCUCUUGAUGUUGUGAUAUUUCAGCCACUAAAGCAUUAUCAUGCAAAGGCGUUGGAUAUCAUUGUUCGAGACGGCGUGUUGAAUAUUACAAAGAUUGAAUUCCUUGCUUGCAUUCAAGCUGUACGAAAACAAGCUUUCAAGACUACUACUAUUCUCACAGCCUUUCGAAAAACUGGAAUUUCACCCUACAAUCCACAGCCUGUAAUUGAGGCCCUUGAACAACGAGCUGCAAUUUACACAUCAACACCAUCGCCGCCGCCGUUAUAUCACAACAACUCUUCCGACUUUGAGACGCCCACAACACUCAGGCAGAUAAAUAAGGUUGCCAACAAGCUAGGGGAGGUAUUAGAAGACGAUACAUCCCUUGAGCCUGAGUUUGCACGCAAUAUCAGUCGUUUUAUCCGCGGCUCUCUUAUUGCAGCUACUGAGCUUAUACAGACGAAGAGAGACCUUGGGCGUACAAAAGCAGCUCAAUUACUAUCACAGCGACGUAGAGCUCAUAAAUAUCACGCCCUACAAACUGGUGGCGUUCUUUCUGUGGAUAACGCGCGUGAGAUGGUCAAGCAAAACGAGAAUGACCGCCUUGAUACUGCUCGUCGGGUUGUUGAGGCAGCCGACAAAAGGCGCCACAACCACGCCAAGAGGACGUUUUUUGAAGCAGCUAAAAAGGCACGUAAAUGGCGUCUGGAUUCUGUACUAGAUCUACUAGAAAUUUGGGACGAGAAGGGUGUACAUUAUAGGCGAAGAGGUUAA